AAUACAUACCAAUAAAUUAUAGUGCUUUCUCUUUUCCCCAACCUUCAAAAAUAAAACUUUGCAACGCACGGACAGGUCCAUUAGGUUUUUGUAAGGGUUUUGUCGGCCGUUUUUGGUCGGAGAAGAGCGCAAAAGCCUGAGCGGAGCUUGGUAAUUGAAAUAAGGAAACAGAAAUCGUUCUUCUCACCCAACCGAACGAGAGAUUGAAAAUUUUACUGUACCACUUUGAAGUAGAGUAAGGGAGACAAUGCAGGCUUGCAGUGGAUCUGCCACAAUGAGCUCUAUUCAACAACCAUUUGGGAUCAAUGGCUCAAUGUAUCCUUCCAAAUGGGUUGGAAUUGGGGGCAGCCAAAACAUGAAAGUGAGUUCGGUGAAGCCUUUUCGAUCGUUGAAAAUAGAAGGGAGCUUAAGCACUGGCAGGACAAUGUCUUCCACAUCUGUUCCUAAAUCAGAAAUUGGAGGUUCUGGAAGCAGCUUUGUGGACUAUGGCUUGGCUGAAGCUGAUCCUGAAGUUCAAGCCAUUAUUGACAGUGAGAAGAAUCGUCAAUUCAGAAGCUUGGAGCUUAUUGCUUCUGAAAAUUUUACCUCUCGAGCAGUUAUGGAGGCUGUUGGUUCUUGCCUCACUAAUAAGUAUUCUGAAGGACUACCUGGAAAAAGGUAUUAUGGUGGCAACGAGCACAUUGAUGAACUUGAGAUCCUUUGUCAAAAGAGGGCUCUUGCGGCAUUUAAUUUGGAUGAAAACAAAUGGGGUGUAAAUGUGCAGCCAUUAUCUGGUUCUCCGGCUAAUUUUGAGGUCUACACUGCAAUUCUCAAUCCACAUGACCGCAUAAUGGGCUUGGAUUUACCUCAUGGUGGACACUUGUCACAUGGGUUCAUGACACCAAAGAGGCGGGUGUCGGGCACAUCUAUAUAUUUUGAAUCAAUGCCUUAUCGACUGGACGAGUCUACAGGUCUUGUUGACUACGAUAUGCUUGAGAAAACUGCGACCCUGUUUCGCCCUAAACUUAUUAUUGCCGGUGCUAGUGCUUAUCCUCGGGAUUUUGACUAUCCUCGUAUGAGAAAGAUUGCCGAUGCUGUCGGUGCAUUUCUCAUGAUGGAUAUGGCUCAUAUAAGUGGACUUGUCUCUGCGUCCGUCGUUGCUAAUCCUUUCGAGUAUUGUGACAUCGUAACAACUACCACACACAAGUCUCUCAGGGGACCCAGAGGUGGAAUGAUCUUUUUUAAGAAGGAUCCUGUUCUUGGAGUCGAAUUGGAAUCAGCCAUCAACAAUGCCGUCUUUCCAGGUCUACAGGGAGGUCCGCAUAAUCACACAAUCGGUGGCCUUGCCGUUUGUCUAAAGCACGCCAAAUCACCGGAGUUCAAGGCUUAUCAAAACAAGGUGGUCUCUAAUUGCCGAGCUCUGGCAAGUAGGCUAAUGGAGUUAGGAUACAAACUGGUCUCCGGAGGAAGCGAUAAUCAUUUAGUUCUCGUGGAUCUUCGUCCCAUGGGCAUUGAUGGUGCUAGAGUUGAGAAAAUCCUAGAUAUGGCGUCGAUCACACUCAAUAAGAACUCCACACCAGGCGACAAAAGUGCGCUAGUGCCCGGUGGCAUUCGAAUAGGCUCUCCUGCAAUGACGACGAGAGGUUUUGGCGAGAAGGAAUUCGUGGCAGUCGCAGAUUUCAUAGACGAGGGCGUCCAGAUGGCUCUGGAAGCAAAGAAGUCUGUUUCGGGCACCAAGCUUCAAGACUUCAUGAAUUUCGUGACCUCUCCCGACUUUCCAUUGCUCGGGAAGGUGAAGGAUCUGCAAUCAAGAGUCGAAGCAUUGGCAACCCAGUUCCCGAUACCCGGGCUGUGAGCGACGCCGCGAUGCUGAAAAAUGGAUCGAUGUGGUUUAACUGGUUGGAGUUUAUUAUUGCAAUGUUUUUGGUGGAUUGGGACAAAAGUUUUGCUCCGAGGAAACACCAGAAAAGCUUAACAAGAGAAAGGUUAGCUUGCAAUGACUGCAAAGCAUAGUUGAGUUCGAUUAUUUUUAUUUUGCUAAGAUAUAUAUAUAUAUAUAUAUAUAUAUUUAUCGGGUGAAUAAAAUUAUUGAGCAGCGUUCCGAUAAUAUUUUAAAUAUUAUACUGGCUUUGUUUCACUUA